AUGAUUCUGCGUAUUUUGCAGAGAGAACAGGAGUUGAGCUGGAUUGUUAAGAGGCAUGCGCUGAUUGGCGAUGAUGAACAAGGUUAUGACUUGGACUUGUUCUGCAUACCUAAACAUUAUGCAGAUGACUUGGAAAAAGUCUAUAUUCCUCAUGGGCUUAUUAUGGACAGGACAGAAAGAUUGGCACGAGAAAUCAUGAAGGGCAUGGGAGGACAUCAUAUUGUAGCUCUUUGUGUACUCAAGGGUGGCUACAAGUUUUUUGCUGACUUACUAGACUAUAUCAAAGCACUGAACAGAAAUAGUGACAAAUCUAUACCCAUGACGGUAGACUUCAUCAGGUUGAAGAGCUAUUGUAAUGAUCAGUCAACUGGAGAUAUAAAAGUAAUUGGUGGGGAUGAUCUCUCAACCUUGACUGGAAAGAAUGUCUUGAUUGUAGAAGAUAUAAUUGAUACUGGUAAAACAAUGAAAACACUGCUGUCUUUGCUUAAGCAAUAUAACCCAAAGAUGGUGAAAGUAGCCAGCUUGUUGGUGAAAAGAACUCCUCGAAGCGUGGGUUAUCGGCCUGACUUUGUUGGAUUUGAAGUGCCAGACAAGUUUGUUGUGGGAUAUGCCCUAGAUUACAAUGAAUACUUUCGGGAUUUGAAUCAUAUUUGUGUGAUUAGUGAGACGGGAAAACAGAAAUACAAAGCAUGAGACGCCGUGUUCAAGUGCUAUGACAACAGAGCUUUGAAACAUUUUGUUUACUGAGUCCUAUCUUUCACAGGCUUCAACUCCGGUACACCAGCUAAAGCUAUAGAACGAAUGUUCCAGCCUCAGUGUCAUAUGCUUACUCUAACUUAUUGCAUGUACAAUAUAAGAAUCUUGUCCUGUUCGUUUUUAUUUUAGAAAUGUCAAACAGUCAGUGCAGUUCUGCACUCCUUAUUUUGAUUUGCACUAUCUACCGACUAUCGCUGCCCCUGGAUGGGUUCUGCUGUUUGUGAGCUCCAGAGUUUAACUCUUGACGUGGCAAAUUGCUUAAACCUCAUCAACCCAGAACUGAACUAGUUCUUGUACUGUAAAUGUAAGACAUUUUAUGAUAGGGAAGUCUAUUAGAAAUAUUUAAAAAAAAAAAAAAUCUGUAAUUUAAGUUUUAUAUUUUAAUUACUGCACAGAAGUGAUUGUGAUUAUUGGAUAGUUGCACCCUGGGGUGUUAGAAAAUAUGAGGAGCAGCCAAUUACAGUAUCUGUAAUCUCCAAGGAGUUGACCACAUCUCCUGGAGUUGCCUUAUUGCUGGUAGAGGAAGGCUGAGUGAAAAAUGUCAUUUUUGGGCUGAAAGGAAGUGGAAUAACAAACCAGAGUGUUUAAACAUUAGUUUUAAUUAGACUGCCCAUUUCUUAUAGAUCGGUUGUUCUUUCAAAUAUUCAUCAGGCAAUGGAAUUGCCUUCUAAAGAUAAGCAAUUGUAAUAUUUUACAGUUGUGAAAAAAUAUUGUAAUGUUUGCUCUAUAUGGUCCACAAAACAAAGUAUUUUAAAUAAAGGCUGUCUCUUUAAAAUAAAUGGUAUACACCUACAGCACUCAUUCCAUGUAUUAAAGUGCUCUUGAAACAUGCUUCUCACUAAUGAUAUUUUAUCAUAACAGUCUUUCUAACAGUGAAGGCAGACUGUACAUUUGGUGGCUUUACAGAGUUUUCAAUUAUAUGCUAUAUAUAUCUAUAUAUAAAAUACUGGGUGAAAAAUAUGGAAACGCUUCUAUGUUCUAUACCAAACUAGAUUUAAGAGAAAAUGGUGUUUCAACACGGUUCCUUGUUCUGCUUUAGCAAAGUAAAGAGUGAAAAUAAAUGUUCAUUAAAAACACCAACUGAAAAAAAACCAUUUUGUGAGUGAUCUUUUGCUUCGUAUGUCAUUUUGUUGAGUUAUCUAUGUGUUUUGUCGAUAUCUUGAGAAAUGCAGGAAUUCUUCUACCUUACUCCAGAGUCUGCCUUUCUGCUAUGUUUUUCAGUCUCUUGACUUUCACAGUUCUUGUACAAUGUAUGUAGACUAUCACAUUGCAUGGACUUUACGAGGUUCAGUGCAUAAUAUGUAACGUUCGUUUCUUGCCAGGCAAGCUCGUUUAAAUUUAUUUGCAUGUUUUGGAGAGAGGUUUUCCCUUUUGACAUUUACUUGUGUUUCCAUAUUUUUCCCCAGUACUUCACUUCCUCCGAAAUGUAAUGUCCAUGCAUAGUGUGUUCUGCUACAGGUGUACUAGUUAAUUGGCAUAACUAAAACAUGUAUCAUCUACCAAAUGAAGCUUACACGUAAAUCAUAAUCAGUAGAUGAUCUUUUGUAAACCUCAGGUAUCACUUAAUGAAUAUUAUAGUAUGAGCUGUAUGCAACUAAAUGGUGCUUUAUGUUGUCCAAGCGAUAACAGUUUUAUAGUUAACUUUCCAAAGUGUUCCUCUAGGUCUGCUAUGCAGAAGGUGACUAUAUACCAUUUUGCUGUAGAUUAUAAAAUGGUGUCUGCAUAUUCUGUCCUUAGUCCAGGGCAGAAAUUGGCCGUUGGAAUUUACCUUUGGGCAUAGAUGGUACGUUCUGCAGUUCUGGAAAAGCACAAGAGAAGCAAAAUAAAUAUUUCAGCAGAUACAUUGAUAAAACCUCGCAACUUAUUGCACUUGUAAGGUCCCGGUUUAGUGCAAACUGAAUGUAAGGUAUGAGCCUUGAGAAUACUUAGCCGCCUCCAUUCCCCUUGAUUGAAUAAUAGUUCCCUGCUUCACAGUGGGGCUCUGAGCAUACAUCUAUUAACGUGUUUGAGGCAUUUGGUGACUACAGUGAUAGCGAGGGGCAGAGGAGAACCUGCCGAGAUAAAGCACGAGAAAGAAGAGGUGAGGGUAUUCAGCAGGCUGUAUAGGAUUAGGUCAUAAAGCAGCUUGCCCCAAAAUAUUCUCCAGUCUCUACAGAUUUGUGUACGUUCUCCACGGCUCUGGUAUUUGAAAUGCCUCCGAAACAGCAAUGGAUUUAUCUGUAGUACCUUUGAGAAAAGUAGAGAUAUUAUCCCCAUUUUACAAGUAGGGAAUGGAGCUGUGUGGAGAUUGUCAUCUGCUCAUGGCCAUGAAGGAAUUCUGGCAAAGUCGGAAAUGGACUCAGGACCUUGAGUCUCAUGACAUUGUCCUAACUACUUGAUCGGCCUUCCAUUCUCCUGUAGGGCCUUCGUCACAGGGCCUUCAGAUUUUAAUUCAUUUAGCUUUGUGUGUGGACUGAUUGGCCAUUACAUUUGUGAAACUCUUACUUCAAAGCUUGUUUUUACAGAAUUUGAAAUACUAAAAAAUGAGAUUUUUUUUUUUGUACUGUGUAUAUAAAAUCUUGUAUACGGCAUAGAUGAAAACUUGUUUAUCCUCCCUAAGUGCUGCUCUGAUUGAAAACUUUAUCUCCUUUAUUUUUAUUAAAAGAUACCGUUCAGUACAAGAAACUUCCCCAGCAGCUUACCCUAACUAGAACAGUUCAGACUUACCGCAGUUCAGGAUUUUUAAAACAAUACAUGUAUCACGUUGAAAUAAAUUACUUAUUCCUAACCUA